GAAACAGCCCGCGCCGGGGGCUUCUGGGAAACGGCUUGUGAGUGGCGUUUCUGCGUCUGCUCUGGACAGCGAAGCUGCUGCGGUUCCUGAGCCGGAGGUUUGCGCCAGAGUGGAGAAAAGGGUGUGCGGGGUUUGCCUGUGAAGAAAACGAGGUAUUUCCCUGAGGCCUGUAUCCUGCCUUGAUUGUUUUUUCUUGAAGUCUUAUAAAUCAGGAUGUCUGCACAAUCAGUGGAAGAAGAUUCAAUACUUAUCAUCCCCACUCCAGAUGAAGAGGAAAAGAUUUUGAGAGUGAAGUUGGAGGAGGAUCCUGAUGGUGAAGAGGGAUCGAGUAUUCCCUGGAACCAUCUUCCUGACCCAGAGGUUUUCCGACAGCGAUUCAGGCAGUUUGGAUACCAGGAUUCACCUGGGCCCCGUGAAGCUGUGAGCCAGCUUCGAGAACUUUGCCGUCUCUGGCUCAGGCCAGAGACACACACAAAAGAACAAAUCUUGGAGCUAGUAGUGCUGGAGCAGUUUGUUGCCAUCCUCCCCAAAGAGCUGCAGACUUGGGUUCGAGAGCAUCAUCCAGAGAACGGAGAGGAGGCAGUGACAGUGCUGGAGGAUUUAGAGAGUGAACUAGAUGACCCUGGACAGCCGGUUUCUCUCCGUCGACGAAAACGGGAAGUGCUGGUAGAGGAGAUUGUAUCUCAAGAGGAAGCUCAGGGAUUACCAAGUUCUGAGCUUGAUGCUGUGGAAAACCAGCUCAAGUGGGCAUCCUGGGAGCUCCAUUCCCUAAGGCACUGUGAUGAUGAUGCUAGGACUGAAAAUGGAGCAUUAGCUCCAAAACAGGAGAUUCCUUCAGCAGUAGAAUCUCAUGAAGUUCCUGGCACUCUCAAUAUAGGUGUUCCUCAGAUUUUCAAAUAUGGAGAAGCUUGUUUCCCUAAGGGCCGGUUUGAAAGAAAGAGAAAUCCUUCUAGAAAGAAACAACAUAUAUGUGAUGAAUGUGGAAAACACUUCAGUCAGGGCUCUGCACUUAUUCUUCAUCAAAGAAUCCACAGUGGAGAGAAACCCUACGGAUGUGUUGAAUGUGGGAAGGCAUUCAGCAGAAGUUCUAUCCUUGUGCAACACCAGAGAGUCCAUACUGGAGAAAAACCUUACAAAUGUCUUGAAUGUGGAAAAGCUUUUAGCCAGAAUUCUGGGCUUAUUAAUCAUCAGAGAAUCCAUACUGGGGAGAAACCUUAUGAAUGCGUUCAGUGUGGGAAAUCCUAUAGUCAAAGCUCAAAUCUUUUUAGACAUCAGCGAAGACACAAUGCAGAAAAACUUCUGAAUGUUGUGAAAGUUUAAGAAAUUAAAAAAAAAAAAAAAGUCCGCACUCAGGUCUUUCUUCAGAAAUGAAGAGAAAAUCGAAAACAUGGAAUGAUACAUAAUAGUUUGUUUUCCCUAUAAAGAAUGUUAGAAAAUCCACUGGGAAAUGUAGGAAAUGGUGACCCACCAUUAUUAUUUUAUCUUGAAAUGGUGUCAUACCUGCCUAGAAAGUGAAAUUUUAAACUUAAUUCAGGUGUCAAUGCUUAAAUCUUCCAUGUGAUGUUUAUAUUCUUACUGCUUUCCAAAUAAUGAUCUACUUGAUUUUUUGUCCCCUUUUUAAAAUUUUCCUUUGUAGGCAGAUGCAUUAGAUCUGUGUUGAUUAUUGAAAUGUUCUUUGCAAGGAUACAUUCCCUUCUACAUUAAAAGACAACUUAGGAAUUAUGAAGUUUGAAAACUGAAACCAUCUUUUCAAAAUUUACUUUUCUGUUUCUUUUUUACCCAAUUUGGAUAUGCAUUUCAGAAAAUAGAAGAUAAAGGAUGACUAAAAGCUUCAAAGUAAAAUUAGAAGUGAUGGUGAUAAAACAUCAAAAAAAUGGAUGGGACGCCUAAACUGGGAAAGACAAAAAUACUUUGAUCCAAGAAUUGAAGAAUUUAUCUAAAAUGCAAUUAUAUGCCUGUAGGAAAACUCAAAAAGGGCGCAUCCUAUCUGUAAUUUGGAGGCAUCCCACUAAUGAAAGUAAUGUUCUCCCAUGUAUUACUAGAAAGUGGACAAUCUAAACAAUAAUUGUAAACUUUGAAAGUAGAAGUAACACUAGGGGAGAAUUUGCAGUGAAUGACUGUGUUGAAAGGCAAAUGUAAAAGGGUAAUGGUCUAUCUUGGAUUUUAGAAAACAAAAAGACUUGAAGAUCCAAUUCAUUGUUAUUUUGCCUUCAUUUUUGUUAAGGACAGAAAAAUCCCUGACCAGGUGGGUAACAAGUAUCAGGUUUGCUGUUUUAUUUUGUUGGUUAAAAAAUAGGGGGUUGAAUUCCAGGCUAACAAAGCAGCCAUGUAUUCAUUUAUUAUUAAACAUUUUCUACCGACAAGGCACUGUGCUAGGUACUGUAACCCUGCCAUAAGUAGGUAGGUAAUUAUUCCACUGUAAAUUAUCGGGGGUUGGUACAAAGCUGUUUCUUACGAGUUAGCCUCUUACCCUCGUCUGAGCAGUCCUGCGGGGAGGUCACCUCUGAAAUUCCCAGAGCCAUACUUCUCUUACCAGGGUGUUGUAUUUGGGGGGAAAGGAAGACUCAGCUCAAAAAGCUAGCCAUCUCCAGCAUUCUUCAGAGGUGAGUCCAAAAUUUAUCAAGUUUGGAGGUGUGUGGGUUUUUAAAAAAACUAAUCAAUCAUUAGUAGCAUUGAGGUUGUACUUAACAUGUUAAGUUGAAAGGAUUGUUCUGUUUAAAAAAAAAAUAGGUUAUUGACAACUAGUUCAUUAACUACCAGAAUUGAUUGAACAAUUUUUUAAAAAUUUUAAGUCUUAACACAUUUUAAAAAAUGUAUAAAAGGAAUACAUAGUAGUAGUAGGAUUAUAUACUCCUUGGCUGAGAAUCCCAAGUACUGUGGUUCUACUGUUCAGUAGAAAACUCUGGAAGUUAAAAUACAGAAUCUGAGAAAAGGCUUUUUUAUCGUGGGCAUCAUUGUGUGGAAAAUGAUCCAUGUGAAUACAAAUAUUUCAUAUUUCCAGAGAUUGGGUUACAACUGGUGCUUGGAUCAAAUUUUAAAAAUGGAAAGUAAAAUUUGCAUGAGCCUGUGCAAAAACAUAGUAAUAAAUGCAAGGCCCGCUGGUGGAGAAUUAGGCAGAUGGAGCUUGUUUAUAGGUUUUCUGAUAACAAUUAAUUAUAAGAAAUGUGCUUUAUAGAUUAAGAUUUAUUGAAGUAUAAAUAUGUAGUAAUGAUAUAAUGUAUUUUAAGUUAUACAAGAACAUGUAGGGACUUUUCGUUUGGGUCUUUUUCUCUGUGGCUGAGAGGAAACGAGUCAAUGUCCAAUAAAGGUAUAGACUCCUCUAAGAUAAAAUGAUCUUGAUUGCUUGCUUGAUUGAUUUAUUGAUUGAUUUGUAACUGACUUCUUUCCAAGUAGGCUUUGAGGUGGCAUAUUUGGAAUUCUGCUGGGAUGACAGGAUUCUUAUAUCAGAGUAGGUAAGAAGGGAUCAAGCUCUCAGUGACUGAAAUGUCAUGCUUUUUAAAAAUGUCUUUCUGUAUACAAAGAAGCUUCCAUGUGGUAGAUUUGUCUUAAAUGCCAAAGAUGUUUGGUAUAAUGUGAGAGCUUAGAAAAAGUAGUAUUAGAGUUGGCAAAUAAGUGUUUGCCUUGCCAGCUCUGAUACCUGUCGGUUGUUCAGAAAAGAUUCUGAGGCUAAUGCAAGGCUUUGUGGGGAAAAUGGCUGGAUCCAUAAAACUGGCGGAUGGUACACAGGAAAAGGAGGUGGUCUGUGUACUCUCUGGCUCUGAUUAGGGGAUGUUCCCCGUAGACAAAUUGAUUUAAAAUAACUAUUCGGUGAUUUAUGAUUUCAUCUAUACCUUUAUUUGUGCCCACACAGAUAACCAGCAGUUCUGGGGGCUGCCCAUCCUCUGAUGAAGUGGUGAUCUGGCAGCUGUCAAGCAGUGGCAUCUGUUUGGUUAGCAAACAGGCAGUCAAUGGUAAUGGCAUGCAGACUGCUGAUACCUACCCUGUAGCCACUGAGCAUUUGCUCAUUACUACUAAAUUUUUUUCUGGUUUUCUUGGCAUUCAAGCUUCCUAUGCUUACACCCAGUUGGCCCUUGAUCAUUUAGCAGUAUGUCUAGCAAUUUAAGUUGAAGGGAGGGUUAUAUGUAUUGAAAUAAUCUGCAUGCCAGGCAUUGGAUUAGAGACUAUACCUAUCUCACGUAGAUUUGUAGACUAGAAAAGCAGGAUUCAGAGAUUGUGAGGCUUGCAUGUGGCCAAGUAGAGCUAAAAUUCAAAUCUAGUUCUGUGAACUCCACGGACAUAUAUUUUUCCACACUGCCAUGAGUGGUGGCUGUUAAACCUUGAUUUUAGGUUUUACCUUUUAUGGUUCAGAUGCUUUUAUCUUUUAUAGUUAACAAAUGUGAAAACUAUUAAAUAUGCUCGUUUAAAUUUUCUAUAGUACAGAAUGUAAAGUGAAAAAAUUACAUUCCUUCUCAUAAUCUUACUAAGAAAUAAUAAUUACUUGGUUUGUUAUUCUUCCAGGACUAGACAUACACAAAUUUAAGCAAAAAUGUGUUAAUAGCUGACACUUGUGGUUUCUAUAAAGGCACUGUUUGAAGUGCUUUACCAUGGAUUAACUCUUAAUCCUCACAGCACCCAUAUGAGGUAGGUACACAAUGCCCAUUUCACAUAUACUGCACUGAAAUUUGCCUCCUUUCCUUCCCAAUUUCAUGUAGACAUUAUUUUUCAUGGCUACAUAUACUAUUCCAUUGCAUGAAUAUACUCUAAUUUAUUUAAACAACCCCAGAAUAAUUUGGUCCCUUCCAAUUUUUUAUUAUUAGAUACAGGUAUAGUUAACAUCCUUGUACAUAUAUUUUGCUGCCUGUGUGGGUACUUCUGUAGGAUAAAUAGAAGUGGAUUUUUUUGGGUCUUAGUGUGUACAUUCAGCAUUUUAAGAGAUGCCACCCAAAGGAUCAUAGCAAUUUACAACUCCAUCAAUAGUAAGAAUGCCUGUUGGCCCACACUCCCACCAAUCUUGUAUCCCUAAAUAUUUUUGCCUAAUAGGCAAAAAGUAUUUCCUUUUUUUAUUAUUAUUAAUAAGGAGGAACAUUUCCUCAUUUGUUUAUUGGCCAUUUGCAUUUCCUAUUGUGAAUUUUGCUUGCCCAUUUUAAUUUUUUUAAUUAUGAAAGUAUAAAUGAUGACCAGCUCAUUGUACAAAAUGUAAAUGAUACACACAGGUAUAAGAACAAAGAGAGGACCUUUUCUGUAGCAUUUCCAGUCACAUUCCACUGCCCACAGUUGAGUAUACAUCCAUCUAGUCCCCUUUCCAUACAUAACCAUGACUAUACAUAAACAUAUAAAAGCUAUUUUUAUGUGAAUAGGAUCAUAUAUGUAUUGUUCUGCAGCUUGCUUUUUGUGUGUGUGUAUGUGUGUCUCAAAAACCUAUCCUGAGUUUUUUAAAUUUCUUUAAUGGUUGGAUAGCAUUUAAUAUUAUGAAAAUACCAUUAUUGAACUAUUUUCUUAUUUUUCUCUUGCUAUUACAUUGCCAAAGUAAAUCUUUCUUUCAUAUAUAUUUGUGCAUGUGUGUGAAUAUUUCUUUAGGAUGGAGUUGUAUAGAGUGGAUUGUUGCAUCAAAGGGUGUGCUCUCUGAUAGACCCACCUUAGCCUUCCCAAAAGCCUUCAUUAUUAUAUUUACCAGCUGUGUGGAGAAGCUCAUUUCCCCAUUUAGCCUUACUUACACGUGCUAGUGUUAUCUGGUGAGGAAAAAAAAAAGAACCCUAAUUGCAUUCCCUGAUUAAUGGUGAGGUUGAGGUUAUUUUCAUAUGUAUUGGCCAUUUAUAGUUUUAUCAUGGGUUGUUCAUAUCCUUUACCUGCUUUCCUAUUGGGUUAUGUGUGGAUAUAUGUUGUUUUUGUUGUUCAGCAUCUCUUCCCCAUCUUCUGGUAACAACCCUUAUUUAUUGUGGGGAACCCAUUCUCUGUGGCUUGGGUGAGUACCUGACCAGGUCUGGCCUUCCUGAGUUUUGCAGCUCCCUAGCCACAGUGAUUAAAGAAUAGGCAUGUUACUCACGCCAGGCUAAAGAGAGCCCUCAACAGAACUUCUGCAGCAACUAUCGGAAAGAAGGCUCUACGGAGAUCCCACGAACUAAGGACUUGUGUAAGCCUGAAUUUGUACCAUGUGGAGUUUGAGGAGAAACUCAAAGAGAACUGAGUUCUGAUAUCAUUUUUCUGGAGGCCCUAGUCCAGCUGUGCCUAAAGCCUGCCCUACCUCCGGACUUUAACAUUUUGUGAGCCAAUAAAGUCCCU